AUGAAUACAUCAUUUCUGUCACUGAACGGGUCUUCUACUACAUACACAAUAGAUGAAAUACCCACUUUGAUUUAUACUCCUGAUCGACCGAAUAGUAAUUUUCUGAACCAAUCUUCAACUGCAUCAACUCCAAUAAAUGCCACUUCACCAACAUACGAAGAAAACACAUUCAUCAAUUGGAGUCAAGAAACGCAACAUAUACUGAAAUUUCAAUCCAAUUUGUCCAAAAAAUGGAUCACUUUUGUUCUACUGGCAAUAAUAUUGGGUUAUACGGCUGCUGCAAUCAAUCUAAUUUCAAUCUCAUUAAAUGACUUGAAAAAGGGCAUAUGUUUAAGCGAUUUAGAUGCUUGGAGUAUAUUCAAUCCAUACCUGACUUGUCCAGCCGGUGAAUGGUAUAAUUGGUCACGUUUGUUAGCUGGAUCGAAUGCAAUAUGGAGUAAAGUUGUGAUUAAUUUCCCCAUAUAUCUCAUUUUUGCUGUAUUAUUUGCCAUGGGUGCUAGUUAUCUCACAAUCAAUCGUGAACAUCUAAUACGUCAAUCAGGCAUACCGGAGAUAAAAUUGCUCAUAUCGGGUUUCAAUUUGAAUGUUAGUAAAUACUUGGGUCUACAUACUUUAUUAUACAAAAUUGCAGGUUUGAUGCUAGUUGUUAGUUCAGGAUUGUGGUUGGGUAAAGAAGGUCCGUUGGUGCAUGUCUCUUGUUGUAUAUUUAAUAUUAUUUAUGAGUUUUUCAUCCAAGGAAAGAUGGGUAAUAAACCCAAUGAAGCAAUACGAAGGGAGAUACUAAGUGCUGCUACAGCAACUGGAAUUUCUGUUGCUUUUAACUCACCAAUUGGUGGUGUUUUAUUUGUGUUGGAAAGUAUGCCAAGUUAUUUCAGUCCUACAAAGAUCAUGUGGAAUUCUUUUGUUGCAGCUACAAUAGCAAUUAUUGGCUUAACUGGGUUCAGUUCAUUCACUGAUGGAAGCAACUUUGUUGAGCAGGAUCUUUUUCAAGUGAAUUUUGGUAAUUUUAGUUGGUUAUUCUUGGAGGUGAUUCCAUUCAUCAUUUUGGGAGUUCUUGGUGGCAUGUAUGGAUACUACUUCACCAAGGUUAAUCAAAUUUUCCAACAGAAAUCAUUACGGAAAAGAGUUCAAUCUAUACUAGUGCAAAUUGGUAAAGUUGAUGUGAAAUGGGGGCCAUAUUUGGAAGUGUUGGCUAUCGUCGUUCUCACUACAAUUCUUAAUUUCCCAUUGGAGAUUUCAAAAUUGCCCUUAAGUUCAUAUCUCAUUUUGUUGUUUAGACAAUGCCUGAAAGAGGGAAGUGAUGAAACUAAUGCGGAGGACUUUCUUUGUCUGUCAUCAAACGGGGCUACUUCGCUAAAAUUAGCUUAUAUUCUUGUCCAAGGUUUUGGUCUCACUGCCUAUACAUUUGGAGUUGAUUUACCUGGAGGUGUGUUGAUGCCGUCAUUGGUUUUGGGUGCCACUACAGGGAGACUUUUGGGAAUAGUGAGUCAAGUUCUACAAUCGCGGUUCAAUUGGGAAUCAUUGGCAACAUGUACUGAAAAAUCAUGUGUUGUUUCUCCAUCAUCAUAUGCUGUUAUCGGUGCUGCAUCAUUUAUGACAGGGAUCACUAAAUUGACAAUGUGUGUAGUUGUCAUUAUGUUUGAGAUGACGGGUGCCGUGUCUUACGUUUUACCAAUUAUGUGUGGUGUUGUCACUUCUAAAUUUGUUAAUGAUUGGCUUACACCAUCAAAUAUUUACGACACAUGGCUACAAAACAACUUCAAUAGACCUGAGCUGGUGGGCAACGUUACUCCUGGUAUGAUUAAUGAAGGUAAAGGAACGGGUAUUGUGUCGUUUUCCAACUUGACAUCUACAAUCAAAUCAAAACUUCCAGACGUUACAGUUCGUGCAUUAAUGGUCCCAUUAGAUCAAGUAAAAUGUCUUUGCUUAGCUAAUGAAGAUGGGCCCUAUACUGCCAAAUCAUUGUGGGACUUUGUCAAUGAUGAUACUCAUGAAGGAUAUCCCUUAAUUAUCAAUUAUUCAAAUCCGGUAUACAUUGGUUACGUGGCCAAAUCAGAGCUUGUCGACAAAUUGCAAAGUAUCAAUCGCAACGAUUCUUCGGAUCCAAUAUCAUUUCAAAUCGAAAACUUACCUAGGACUGCUUUAUCUAUGCAACUACAUUAUGAACGUAAAUUCAAUUGUAUUCACUUGGCUUUAACAGUUGCAACUUCACCAUUGUAUACUAAUGAAUUAUCACCUGCGAUAUUGAUUUUGGAAGAAUUUGAGAAAUUGUACUUGAAUCAUCUUGUUAUUCUCAGUACAAACAAUAUUGAGAAUCAAAUAAUGGUGGGUUUUAUCGACCGUUUCAUCUUGGCGAAUGCAAUUAAUGAUAAAUUUGGUAAAUUGGCUAAUGAAUUGGCAGAUUUUGAAGCUAUUAAUGAGUAUGAUUUGGAGACUGCUGUGGGUGAUGAUGAGGAUGAAAUGAUGAAAUUACGAUAUAAUAGAAAAAGUAUAGAGUUGAUUACUUGA